AUGGCAAAAAUUGGUGGUCUUGAUUAUGCGGGAGGCAUUCCAGUACAUGUAGCAUCUGGUGCGGCCGCCCUUGCUUUCUGUUUGAUUGUAGGUAGACGUCGUGAAGACAAUGGUUUAGUUCCUCAUAAUAGAAUCAUUGAUGUAGUUCCUCACAACAUUAUUAAUGUAGUUAUUGGCACCAUAUUUUUAUGGUUUGGUUGGUUUGGCUUUAAUGCUGGGUCCGCAUUAGCGGCCAAUAAGCGCGCUAUAAUGGCUUGCAUAGUUUCAAACCUUUCCGCUUCAUUUGGUGGCCUUACUUGGAUGUUAUUGGAUUAUUGGCGCAAUGGAUACUUCUAUGCUGUUAGCUUUUGUAGUGGUGCUAUUUCAGGAUUGGUCGCUGUAGCUUCUGGUGCUGGUUAUGUUUCUCCUUUUUCUGCCAUAAUUUUUGGCAUAAGUGGUGGUUUAAUUUGUAAUUUGGCUGGUAGACUUAAAUCUUUUCUUAGAUUUGAUGAUUCUAUGGAUGUCUUUGCUAUCCAUUGUGUCGGUGGUUUUAUUGGAAACAUUUUGACUGGUGUCUUUGCCGAUAAGACUAUAGCGGCUCGUGGCGGCGAAAUCAUACUUGGUGGUGCUAUAAAUGGGAAUUAUGAUCAAAUUUUGAUACAAUUAAUAAUAUCUUCUGUGGGAAUGAUGUAUUCUUUCUUUGCUACAAUCAUUAUUCUACUUAUUAUUGGAACAUAUUUACGUUGUACCUUAAGGCUAAACGAAGAUGGAGAAUUGGAUGGUGCAGACUGCACUGAACACGGUGAAGCCGCUUAUUGUUUUGCUGAUGCUAAUGAAUAA